AUGGGGCCGUCGGCGUGGCGGGAGGGGCGGCGGACGCUGGUGCUGGUGAACCUGGCGUCCAUCAUGGAGCGCGCCGACGAGGCGCUGCUGCCGGCGGUGUACCGGGACGUGGGCGCCGCGCUCCACGCCACGCCCACGGGGCUCGGCGCCCUCACGCUGUACCGCUCCAUCGUGCAGGCCGCCUGCUACCCGGUGGCGGCCUACGCCGCGUCGCGCCACAACCGUGCCCACGUCAUCGCGCUGGGGGCCUUCCUCUGGGCCGCCGCCACCUUCCUCGUCGCCGUCUCCGACACCUUCCUCCAGGUGGCAAUUUCAAGGGGCUUGAAUGGCAUUGGUCUAGCUCUCGUCAUACCAGCAGUCCAGUCGCUGGUCGCUGACUCCACUGACGACGACAACCGCGGCACAGCUUUCGGUUGGCUGCAACUGACCAGCAGCAUAGGCUCCAUAUUUGGGGGAUUCUUUGCCUUGAUGCUGGCUCAGACUACAAUCUUGGGGAUUGAAGGAUGGCGUAUUGCCUUUCAUCUCGUCGCAAUCGUCAGUGUCAUCGUAGGCAUCCUCGUGUGGUUCUUCGCCGUGGAUCCCCAUUUCCCCACAAACAAUGCUGCCUCACAUGCUGCACCAGUCAUCCAAAAGUCUGCACUUGAUGAAGCAAGGGAGCUGAUCAUUGAGGCCAAGUCCAUAAUCCAGAUCCCAACGUUCCAAGUCUUCGUCGCGCAGGGUGUCAGCGGCUCAUUCCCAUGGUCAGCACUGUCAUUCUUGUCCAUGUGGCUUGAGCUCAUCGGGUUCAGCCACGAGGACACCGCCAUUUUCACGACGACCUUUGCUGUCGCAGCCUCCAUUGGUGGCCUUCUUGGUGGCAAGAUGGGGGAUUUCUUUGCGCAACGAUAUCCGAACGCCGGGAGGAUCAUCCUGUCGCAGAUAAGCGCUGGCUCUGCUGUUCCACUGGCUGCCGUUCUUCUGCUGGGCUUGCCUGAUAAUCCAUCCAGAUCCAGUGGUGUAGCCCAUGGACUCGUUCUGUUCAUCAUGGGACUCAUCAUCUCUUGGAAUGGAGCUGCUACAAACUGCCCGAUUUUUGCAGAGAUCGUGCCCGAGAAGCAAAGGACAAGCAUUUAUGCUCUGGACAGGACCUUCGAGUCGAUUGUAGCCUCGUUUGCGCCUCCUGUCGUUGGCUUGUUAUCACAGCACCUCUAUGGUUUCAAACCGGACGUCAAAGGGAGCAGCCCUGAACAAGACCGGGAGAACGCUGCGUCGCUAGCCAAGGCGCUGUACACGGCCAUUUGCAUCCCAAUGGUUAUCUGCAGCUCCAUAUACACGUUCAUGUACCGCACUUACCCUCGAGACAGGGAGCGUGCGCGCAUGCAGUCUAUGAUUCAGUCAGAGCUAGAUCAGAUUGAGCUGGGCGGUUCGAGUUUCGGAUGUGGCGACGACAGGUUUGAGCUCUUUGAAUCGGUGCACCAUGGUGAUAAGCCUGAUGAGGUUGAUGGCAGUUAUGGUGCUGAAGAAUCUGCUGAGGCCGAUGCUGGCACUGAAAAACUAUUAGGAAACCAUGAGUUGUGA